GGCUUAAGCGUGCAUUUACCCAACACUUUGAUGGCAUCCAUGCCGAAGUAUAUGUAGGACAUGAGGAGGAAAGUAGAGUGAGAGUCCUCCUCCUCAGCCUUGCAGCAAAGGAUCAUCUCGGAUCAAUGGGGAGGACCAGCACGAGACUAACGGGAUUCUGUUUGAGCAGUGUCGCCACUCGCGUCAAGCUCCCGUCCCCGCCGCCGAUCAAAUCGAAGCCUCUCUACCGUGAGAAGCUGAUGUUGGGUGGAGCUAAGGAAGCGACGGAGGGCGGUCGGAGGAUCAUGGUCGUCGUCGACCGGAGCCCCGAGGCCAAGGCUGCUCUGCAAUGGGCGCUGUCGCACUCGGUCCGUAGCGACGACACCGUCGUCCUGGUUCAGACCGUGAGGCCUUCCUGUAAGCAUGGUGAGAGAUUGCGGAGGGAGAGAGAUCCAAAAGGCUUGGAGCUCCUGCAUGCCAUGAAGAGCAUUUGCCGAGCGAACAAACCUGAGGUGCAGGUUGAGAUGGCGGUGGUGGAAGGGGAAGAACGAGGGCCGGCGAUCCUGGAAGAGGCGAGGAAGCAGGGCGCCUCCCUGCUCGUCAUGGGGCAGAAGCACAGCUCCAUGGCGUGGCGAUUGAUCACGGCGUGGGCAGGCAACAAGGCCGGCGGAGGCGACACCGUCGACUACUGCGUUCGGAACGCCGCUUGCAUGGCUGCCGCCGUGAGGAGGAAGAGCAGCAGAGGCGGCGGCUACUUGAUCACCACCAAGCGGCACAAGGACUUCUGGCUUUUAGCUUAAGCUUCUUCGUCUGCGUUCGAGGUCUGUGUAUGAUACGCUCGUUGCCGUCCUCCAUCACCAUUGCUGCUGUACGAUACACAGUCUUACAUUGGUUCUCUGCUACCAAAGUGUACCAAAGCUGCAUUGCGCACCAUUGCAGUGACAUCAUCAUAGCUGCCAUCAGUUGCUCUGCCUAAGGGACGUGACACGUAGAUAAUUCGAUAGCACGUCAUAUUGAUACUUCACUUAACUUUAGUUAU